UCCCAUCCCUUCACAACUCAAGCUUGAAGGACUAUAACAAGAACUUGUAAGCUUGCCCUUCUUAUUAAGUCCUUCUUGCCUCCCUUUCUUCGGAAGAAAACUUUUGUUGUUUCAAAAGCGCCAAAGUUAAUAUGUCUCCAGCAGCUGCCCCAGAAAGUGCCAUUGAGUCAACCGACGCUCCCAAGAGGGCGUACGUGACGUUCUUGGCUGGUAAUGGUGACUAUUGGAAAGGUGUAGUUGGAUUGGCAAAGGGUCUCAGAAAGGUCAAAGCCGCCUACCCUCUCAUUGUAGCUGUCCUUCCUGAUGUUCCUGAAGAUCAUCGCCAAAUCCUCGAGUAUCAGGGUUGUAUCGUCCGUGAGAUCGAACCUGUUUACCCUCCAGCAAACCAGACCCAAUUUGCCAUGGCUUACUAUGUUAUCAACUACUCAAAGCUUAGGAUCUGGGAGUUUGUGGAGUAUGAGAAGCUGAUAUAUUUGGACGGAGACAUCCAAGUGUUUGAAAACAUAGACCAUUUGUUUGAAAUGCCAAGUGGAUACUUCUAUGCAGUGAUGGAUUGCUUUUGUGAGAAGACAUGGAGUAACUCUCCACAAUACAAAAUUGGGUAUUGCCAACAAUGCCCUGACAAAGUGAAAUGGCCUGUGGAGGAAAUGGGAAACCCACCACCACUUUACUUCAAUGCUGGAUUCUUUGUGUAUGAACCUGAUCUUUUCACUUACAAGGAUCUUCUUGAGACUUGCAAGGCCACCACUCCAACUUUGUUUGCUGAGCAGGACUUUUUGAACAUGUACUUCAACGACAUAUACAAGCCCAUUCCUCCAAUUUACAACCUCGUCAUGGCCAUGUUGUGGCGUCAUCCCGAGAACAUUGACGUCGACAAAGUCAAAGUUGUCCAUUAUUGUGCAGCGGGAUCGAAACCAUGGAGGUACACGGGAAAAGAAGAGAACAUGGAGAGGGAAGACAUAAAAAUGCUGGUGAAGAAAUGGUGGGAAGUUUAUGAAGAUGAAUCUUUGGAUUACCAAAAUGUCCUCAAAUCUGAAACUAAACAAGAAACUAACCUCACACCUUUGAUCUCUGUUCUGUCCGAGGCUGAAGUUGUCAACCACAUCACAGCUCCUUCUGCUGCUUAAGUAUAUGUAUAUUUAUAUAUAUAACAUAUAUAAAUAUAUAUAUAUAUAUAUAACAUAUAAGUAUGACAUAUAUGUAUAUUUAUAUAUAUAACAAUCAUAUAUAUAUAUAUACAUAUUAUAUGUAUUAUAUGAGUGUUUGUGGUGUCAGACAAAUAUUAAUUAUGAUAAGUACUUACAGUUAAGUGGGUACUUAAUUAAUUAAGCUUUUUAUGUAUAGUAGCUUUGGUUGGGGGAUGUGUGUGUAUGUGUGCAAACCCCAACCUUGUUCAUGGCUACAUUACUUUAAAUUUCUAAAUUUUAUGGAAUAAGGCUGGUUUUAUA